CGGCGGGGCUGGCCGCGGUAGCUUCCGCCCGUCCCGAGCCCCGGCGCGCUGUGACCGUGUGCGGCUCGGCGGCUCGCCUCGCGUCCCGACCGCGGCGCGGGAGCCUCGGGAGCGUUGCCUGGAGGCGCUCGUUGUCCGUGGGUUCGGGAGCGGCGCUUCCCGAGCUCGUGCCUCUGCUCUUGCUCCUCCGAGGAGCCGGCCCGGGCUGCUGGAGCCGCGCAGAGCCCUCGGGGGGUGCGCGCAUCGGCGCGGUCCUAGCUCGGGGCGCGUUCGGAGCAGGAAACUAAACUGGAAAAAUCACCUCUUACGCGGACGGGGGGCGCUUAGGGAGCAAUAAGCGUGGGGGUGGCCAUCGCCAGGAAUGCGUGAGGAUCGUAAGGAAUGCCGCGAACACGAAUUACGUACAGCCAAGAAAGGGUUUUUUUCAGCUCCCUUUCUUGUUGCUGUAAUACUGCAAUCGAUUUGGUGUUUUACAAAUCGAAAUGGAACCGCGGGACCGCGUAUUGUUUUCCAGCACACAGGACAGUGUAGGAAAGUGAAAGAUGAGGCCUCUCAGGAAGAACUAAAAGCUGCCUACCGCCGUUUGUGUAUGCUUUACCAUCCAGACAAGCACAGAGACCCAGAGCUGAAAACACAAGCUGAGCGGCUGUUUAACCUUGUUCACCAAGCUUAUGAAGUGCUUAGUGAUCCACAGACCAGAGCCAUCUAUGACAUAUAUGGGAGGAGAGGACUGGAGAUGGAAGGAUGGGAGGUUGUGGAAAGGAAGAGAACUCCAGCUGAAAUCAGAGAGGAAUUUGAGCGUUUGCAAAGAGAGAGGGAAGAGAGAAGACUACAGCAGCGAACUAAUCCAAAGGGAACAAUUAGUGUUGGAAUAGAUGCCACUGACCUCUUUGAUCGUUAUGAUGAAGAAUAUGAAGAUGUGCAAGGGAGCAGUUUUCCCCAGAUUGAAAUAAACAAAAUGCACAUAUCCCAGUCCAUCGAGGCACCACUAACUGCCACAGACACAGCAAUACUGUCUGGUAACCUGUCUACCCAGAAUGGGAAUGGAGGUGGAUCAAUUAAUCUUGCUCUUAGACGGGUGACAUCUGCCAAGGGAUGGGGAGAGUUGGAGUUUGGAGCAGGAGACCUUCAGGGACCUCUCUUCGGUCUGAAGAUAUUCCGUAAUCUUACACCAAGAUGUUUCAUCACUACAAACUGUGCUCUGCAGUUUUCAUCCCGUGGGAUCCGCCCAGGCCUCACCACAGUUCUAGCCCGCAACCUUGAUAAGAACACAAUGGGAUACUUACAGUGGCGGUGGGGCAUCCAGUCAGCCAUGAACACGAGCGUCGUCCGGGAUACCAAAACCAGCCAUUUCACAGUGGCGUUACAGCUGGGAAUCCCCCAUUCUUUCAUGAUGGUCAGUUAUCAGCAUAAGUUUCAGGAUGAGGAUCAAACACGAGUGAAAGGUUCUCUCAAGGCAGGUUUCUUUGGGACCAUAGUGGAGUACGGAGCAGAGAGGAAGAUAUCCAGACACAGCAUUUUAGGAGCCACUGUCAGUGUCGGAGUUCCCCAAGGAGUGUCUUUGAAAAUCAAGUUGAACAGGGCUAGCCAGACCUACUUCUUCCCUGUCCACCUAACAGAUCAGCUGCUUCCCAGUGCUGUAUUUUAUGCCACUGUGGGACCCCUAGUUAUCUACUUUGCCAUGCACAGGCUAAUCAUCAAACCCUACCUCAGGGCACAAAAGGAGAGGGAGCUGGAGAAGCAAAGGGAGAGUACUGCCAGCGACAUCCUUCAGAAGAAGCAGGAGGCAGAAGCUGCAGUCCGGUUAAUGCAAGAGUCUGUCCGGAGGAUAAUUGAAGCAGAGGAAGCCAGAAUGGGUCUGAUUGUAGUGAAUGCCUGGUAUGGGAAGUUUGUUAAUGACAACAGCCGGAAGAAUGAGAAGGUGAAAGUAAUAGAUGUGACCGUGCCCCUGCAGUGCUUGGUGAAGGACUCUAAACUCAUCCUUACAGAGGCAUCCAAGGCUGGGCUUCCAGGUUUCUACGACCCCUGCGUGGGUGAGGAGAAGAGUUUGAAAGUGCUUUAUCAGUUCCGGGGAGUUCUGCACCAAGUGAUGUCAGCUGACAAUGAGGCCCUUAGGAUACCAAAGCAAUCUCACAGAAUCGAUGCAGACGGCUAAUCUGGUGAGAGUGUGCACUUCUGUUACGGUACCUGGGUCAACAGAAACUGCAAAACCUUCCCCCAGAUGCUACAAGUUCAAACAGAGACAUUUUUAUUUUUACUAUCUAUAUAGCAGGUGGCGGCCUACCAAUUAUGUUAGGAGAAAAAAUGAGAGAACCUGCUUCUCAAGGUGACUCCAAGGCAAUAUUUCUCUGAAUUGUGGCUCAGUAACCAAUAAAGCGACAUGACUC